AUGUACAACAAAAGCAAUGCUUUACCACACGAUGUGAUGGAAUUUGAAGAUGAACGUUUUUUCGAAUUUGUGAAAAGUUUUGCAGGCCAGAAGCUAGCUACUCUUCUCGAAUUUCAAGAUAUUAAUAAUGUGAAUUGUCUUCUAGCGUGCGAUGAUCCUUUUGAACUUUUAUCAUAUGAUUCAAAUGAUUUACUUGAAUUAAAGAAGCAAAUGUGUUUAAAAUUAAAUACUAAUUUAUUUGUUGUUUUACCAGGAAUCAAGAGUAAGAUGAUGUUAUUAAAAAAUGCUUUAACAAAAAAAAGUAAUGAGUUAAAAAAAGAAACACCAAAAAUAUAUUCGAAUAUUAUGGCAAAUAAUGUAACCUCCAAUAGUUCAGCAACUGAUUAUUCUAGUAAUUCUACAUAUUCAUCUGCACAACAAUUGGUAAAGAAUUCUUCAUCAUCUGCCACCAGUUCAAAUUUUAAAGAAAAUCUUAAAAUCCAUUUAAUUAAUUUAUUGAAUGAUUGGGUCGAUAAAAUGGAGCAAAAUAAAAAUCAGAAAAAUUUUCAAAUUACAGAAGGAAUUGAUUAUGAAAUUAUCGUGAAUUCUAUUGUCAACAAAGUGUUGAUAAAAUGUCAAUGCGGUAUUAUUUCAACAUUAGGUCAAAAGAAUAACAGCUAUGUUUUAUCAAAUUAUAUUCGUCAUUUAACAAAUAAAAAUCCAUGUGCUAUGGUUCAAGAAAAAUUGGAAAAUACUCGUCAAAAUAUGACUUCCAGUGUUGUUUCUACUCUUGAUAAUUCAAAUACAUCUGUCGAUCCAACAUUGAAUAAUGUACCCAAUUCAAUUUCACCUAUUCAGACAUCACUAGAAAAGAGAAAAAGAAAUCAAACAUCCUCUUCAUCUUUGUUAAAGAAAAAGAAGAGUAUUUGA